CAGCUGCUGUGCUGAACUUCCUUUUACCGUCGUCGAUGCUAUGGAGUCUGUUCUGGACUUUUCGCGGGACUUCGAUGUCGCUUCUCUGGAUAAGGUUGUCAUGACCUUUUACUCCGGCCAAGGCGAAGACGCAAAGAUCGCUCAGAAAGUACUGACACAAUUUGAAGAGCACCCGGAUGCAUGGACUCGCGUACCCGAGAUCUUAGAGACGGCGUCGUUCCCCCAGACGAAGUUCAUUGGACUUCAAAUAUUAGGGAAAUUAGUAUCGACGCGAUGGAAGACGCUGCCAGAGGGACAACGGCAAGGGAUACGGAAUUUCAUUAUAUCGGCAACGGUCAAGGUCACAUCCGAUGAGGCACUUCUACGACGAGAGAAAUUAUAUGUCAACAAGCUCAACCUAGUGCUUAUUCAGGUUCUGAAACAAGAAUGGCCCCAUAAUUGGCCCAACUUCAUUCCUGAACUCGUCGAAUCUUCGAAAACCAACCUCACGCUAUGCGAGAACAACAUGACUAUCCUCAAGCUUCUUUCCGAAGAGGUCUUCGACUUUUCCGCCGAACAAAUGACCCAGGCAAAGAUCACCAGCCUCAAACAGCAGAUGUGGAAUGAAUUUUCCGAAAUAUUCAAGCUAUGCUCCGAAAUUCUGACCGAAGCAAACAAGGUGUCACUCAUUAAGGCCACACUCGAGACCCUAUACAAGUUCCUAAACUGGAUUGCGCUGGGGUAUGUUUUCGAGACCCAGAUCAUCGAGCUGCUUAUCAAUCGCUUCCUCGAGCCGCCGGACUCCCGUAAUGUUACGCUCAGAUGUCUUGCAGAGAUCGCGCGUCUUCCUGCCCCGCAGUACAACGACCGCGUCAUCUUUGUCUACACGUCGGUCAUGGCUGCCGUAAGCCGUAUGAUCCCUAUACAUGCGAACAUUGCAGAAGUGUACAAAAAUGCCAGUCCAUCCGACGAGGAACUUGUACUGAACUUGGCGCUCUUCCUCACCAAUUUCUUUGGUGAGCACCUGGAGCUUGUCGAAAACGAUACCCACAGAGAACUCCUUCUCAGCGGGCAUGCAUACCUCGUCAAGAUUUCUGCUGUGGAGGAAAGAGAGGUAUUCAAGAUCUGUGCAGAGUACUGGGCUAAACUGCUUUCGAAUUUGUAUAAUGAGGUUACGGCGCUUCCUAUAGGCAACCUGAGUCUGAGUCUCGCCGGUAUACCGCACGUUCUAGGCGAUCUCAAAAUGCGGAAAGAUAUUUAUGCCGAGAUUCUUUCGAAUUUACGCCUGGUUGUCAUCGAGCGUAUGGUCAAGCCGGAAGAGGUCCUCGUCGUCGAGAACGAUGAGGGUGAGAUUGUUCGAGAACAUCUUAAAGAAAUCGACACCAUAGUCCUUUACAAGUCCAUGCGCGAGCUUCUCAUCUACCUCACCCAUUUAGACGUGGUGGACACAGAGGCGAUACUUACGCAGAAACUUGCUAAGCAAGUUGACGGGACUGAGUGGUCAUGGCAGAACCUCAACACGCUUUGCUGGGCGAUCGGCUCGAUUUCUGGUGCCAUGAAUGAGGACACUGAAAAGCGAUUCCUGGUAACGGUAAUCAAGGAUCUCCUAGGAUUGGUCGAACAAAAAAGAGGCAAAGACAACAAGGCUGUCAUCGCCUCGGACAUCAUGUACAUUGUCGGGCAAUACCCCAGGUUUCUUAAAGCCCACUGGAAGUUCCUGAAGACUGUCGUGAACAAGCUGUUCGAGUUUAUGCACGAGACGCACGAAGGUGUACAGGAUAUGGCUUGCGACACCUUCAUCAAGAUCGCACAGAAGUGUCGUCGACACUUCGUCAUGCAGCAAGCGGGCGAGAAGGAGCCUUUUGUCAACGAGAUUUUGCGAUCAUUAAAUCGCAUAACGGUCGAUCUUUCGCCCCAGCAGGUGCAUACAUUUUAUGAAGCUGUCGGGUAUAUGAUUGCGGCGCAACCUAAUAAGUUUCACCAAGAAAAGCUUCUGGCUGAGCUGAUGGAUCUACCCAACACUGCCUGGGAUACGUUGAUGGUCCAAGCAGCCCAAAGCGCCGACGUUCUUUCCAGCAUGGACAACGUGAAGCUAUUCUCUAAUGUCCUCAAGUCAAACGUUUCGGCUUGUGUAUCCGUGGGGCCAUUUUUCCUUCCCCAGCUUGCUCGGAUAUUCGCGGAUAUGCUGGGACUUUACAAGGCCGUAAGCGGGAUCAUCAGCGAGACCGUUGCUAGAGAAGGUUCCAUCGCCAGCAAGAAGACCCAUAUUCGUCACCUCCGUACGGUGAAGAAGGAUAUCUUGAAAUUGAUGGAAACAUAUAUCCAGCGAGCUGAUGACCUCCAGUCGGUCAAUAAUUCCUUCAUCCCGCCCUUGUUGGAUGCGAUCUUGGGCGAUUACAAUCGGAAUGUACCAAUUGCUCGCGAUUCAGAGGUGUUGAAUUUGAUGACUGUCGUAACUAAUCGCCUCGGGCAACUAUUGACCCCGCAAGUGAUACCGAUUUUCGACGCCGUGUUUGAAUCAACACUGGCUAUGAUAACUACCGAUUUUACGGAGUUCCCGGAACAUCGCCUAUGGUUCUUCAGGCUUCUCGAGGCCAUCAACAGAAACUGCUUCCCCGCUCUUCUUCAGUUGCAACCGGACCAGUUCAAGAUGUUCAUGAACAGUGUAUUUUGGGCUAUCAAACAUACCAUGCGUGAUAUCGCAGAUGUCGGCCUAGGCAUGCUCAGCGAGCUGAUUACGAAGUUCUCCCAAUCCCCACCUGAAGUCGCGGGGCCCUUCUUCCAGCAAUACUUCACCACGAUCAUGCAAGAGAUAUUCUUCGUACUCACCGAUUCGGAGCAUAAGAGCGGGUUCACCGCGCAGGUGGCGAUCCUGGCGAAGCUCUUCCUGUUUGCCAAUACAGUGCUGGAGAAUGUACCUCUGUUCGAGGCCGAACGAAUUGAUAGAACGAACAGGAUUCUGCUGCAGCAAUACCUGGCUAAUCUGCUUGGAAGCGCGUUCCCACAUAUGCAGAAGACACAGAUUAUCGAAUUCGUUGGCGGAUUGAACGAGUUUUAUAGCGACGGAACCAAGUUUAGAGGGGCUGUGAGGGAUUUCCUCAUUCAACUAAAGGAGUUCUCUGGGGAUGAGCUGUAUAUGGAUGAGAAAGAGGCGGAGGCGCUAAAGAAGGCGGAGAAAGAGAGGCAAGUUGCAAUGAGUAUACCUGGGAUGUUAAAACCAUCACAGCUGGAAGAGAAGGAGGAGAAUAUAUAGAUGUUGAAGGGUGACGCGGUAUCUAAGUUCCUUGCUUUGCUCUUGCUAUCAUCUGUAAUAUGUAUCUUUCAUCUUUUACCAAUGUAUCCUGAAUUAAGCUA